GCGAGUAUAGCUAAGCUGUAUACGUUGUACACCAUCAACUACGCCAAAGCCUACGUGUCUCAGCGCCCCGACCAUGGUGUUGGGAAUCGCUAUGAUGUCGGCAAUGCUGCCGACCAUGAUUGGCCUAAACGAAGCAACCUCAGGCACUCGCGAUCGCGAAGAAAGUCGCCGCGAUUCUUCUCGGAAAGAACGAUGUCAUCUUGUGGCGACCUGCAGUCUUGAUCAAGGGAACCAGCGGCAGCGGGAACAAGUCCACAAUGCUAAAGUGUACGUGGGGUUAGAUGGUAAAGUAUGUCCCCAGCAAAUUACCAGACCACAUCCCAUGGAAGAGACUAACGAAUCAGCUAUACAUCACCAAACAUCCCAAAUCAUCAAUGGUUCCCUUCAACGGCGGUUUCCACACCCAUCCAGCCUUCGCCCCUGAUAACACAUCAGGGAUGGUCACCGUGACCGGGGAGAACCCACCAACCCUACGAUGGGUAUUCCUUGACGCCGACACACAUGAAAUGCGCUGGGGUAGCCGACCAGACAGCGAGGGCCACGUCUGUGGGCCGUUUGACUGGACAAAGGAUGAGCAGCGGGUCACACUUGAAGGAUGGGAAGGUUGGCUGGCUGUACGUUUGCCCGAUGAUGAGCAACAGGAGGAGCUGGAAGCGCAAUUGGAUGCCGAUGAUGGAAGAGGGACUUGGAGGCUGUACUUUGAUCAACAUGAUGAUGGGGCAGGUUUAUCGUCCGGCGCUCAGGGACUGGAGAUAUGUCUGAAGCGGGUUGUAGCGGAGUCAUGAUGACCCAAUAGACUGAUUGAAGUAUCGAAAAAAAGGGAAUAUCACCAUCAUGGCUGAUGCCGGCACCUUGCACCCCUUCACUUGGACUCACGGAGCAUCUUUCCAAUGUCAAGUUGGAGCUGAAAUGUCGAAGUGUGGAUGAUAAACAGAGGGGGGCAGAGUGUAUGCAAUCUCUAGAGCAGAGUUGAUGAAGGUGUAUACUCGUAUAGUUGUACUUAAAGAAUCAGUAAAUGGGUAUAUAAUACUGUUGCAAUUAAAUUCGGAACACGAUAGCUUGGAAACAUAUUUAUGAAAGGAAUCUUGGG